AUUGAUCAAAGAACAAAAAUUAACAUGGUAUGUGGAGAAAGUUAAAAGAAGUGUGUGGAUAGCAUCAAGCAAUUUGCCGCGCUCGCUCCCUCGAUGAAAGCAGGCAUCAUACGUAAUAUACGAAAGUUGGAAGACUGAAAGAGUGUAUGUGGAGGCCCAUUUGCAGCAGGCGCUUUGCGUUCUGCUGGUUGGGGUUUUGGGCUGCUGCGGCUGAUGCAGAGGGUUUUGGUUUCUCCUCGUCAUCAUCGUCCCAAGCUCAGAUUUGCUAUCUGCCAUUUACCGACUGCUGUCAAGUGUUGAAAAUGGCUCUGCAAACUACCACCGCACUUCCCUAUCUCUUCUCCUCACCAAAACCCAACAACAAAUUCUUCAUGCUCCUUUCGUUGUCUCCUCAUUCCCAGCAAACCCAAGCUAAUCACAACAGAGUAUGGAUGAACACCGCUGCGAGUGUCCCAACACAUGUCCAUAGCUUCAACUUUACUAGAUUGUAUGCUUCUAAAACGUAUAGCCAACAAGAGGGAGACUCUGAUGAUGAUGAUGAUGAUGAUGAACCUUCUUCCGGUAACAAAGAUGAUCCCUAUUUCAUGGGUUCUCAAGAGAGACGUGAAUGGAGAAACACAAUUAGACGAGUUUUGGAUACCAACCCCGCUGUUGAGGAGGAGUUAGACCCUAGUGAAAGGACAAAGAAGGUGCAACAACUUCUGGCCAAUUAUCCUCUUGUUGUAGAAGAGGAGGAUCCUGAAUGGCCUGAGGAUGCGGAUGGCCGCGGUUUCAAGUUGGAUCAAUUCUUUGACAAGAUUACCAUCAAGAAUACGCCAAAGAAGGAUGACGAUGAGAAUGAUGACAGCGACAGUGAAGUAGUGUGGCAAGAUGAUAACUACAUUCGUCCCAUUAAAGAUGUAUCAACUGCAGAAUGGGAAGAGACUGUUUUCAAGGACAUCAGCCCUUUGAUCAUUCUUGUACACAAUCGCUAUAGAAGACCAAAAGAGAACGAAAAAAUUCGGAAUGAACUGGAGAAGGCUAUACACAUCAUAUGGAACUGCAGGCUACCUUCACCAAGAUGUAUUGCAGUUGAUGCUGUUACUGAGCAUGAUUUGGUAUCUGCUCUCCAAGUGUCUGCCUUCCCUGAGAUCAUCUUCACUAAAGCUGGGAAGAUCUUAUAUCGUGAGAAAGAAAUUCGAAGUGGAGAUGAGUUGUCAAAGGUGAUGGCUUUCUUUUACUAUGGAGCAGCCAGACCACCUUGUUUGAAUGGCAUUGGAGAUAGGCAGGAAGCAAUUCCAUAUGUUCCCGUCAGCUCCCAACCAUAAUUUUGGUUGUUGGAAAGUUUUCCUCGUAACAGAUAUUCGGGCUAAAAGCCAUUUAGUUUGGAACUCCUACAAUAUUAAUACCAGGACAAGUAGGCACAGAGCAAGGCAAUGCCAAUACCUAUUCACGCUUGUAGCCGUAGCAUCUCUUCCUUGUCGCUCUCUCUUUCUCUGUGUAUAUAUUGUUGGUAAUUCCUAACAAGACAUUAUAUUGUUAUAUAUAACAACACUCUUUUCUUGUUCUUGAUGUUA